GGUGCAUUUCAUUGCAUGAAUACCAUAUUGUCAUCAACAGGCAGAACACAAUAACGUAAAGUGCUCCGUCCCAUUCACUGCCUCGCCAUCCAGAGAGUGGCGGUAGUGUGCAUACAGUAAAUAGGGUAGCGGUGCAGCGGUAUUUUGAGAUUCAUUAGAGUCGGGACAUGAGGCGAUGAACACUUUCGUUGGAUCUAUGGUCUUAAUUUGAGAAGCAAUAUUUUCGUUUGCGGCGCUGACAUGAGGAUGUAGACGCACACCAUGGUUUAUCAACGCCCACCCUACCUUGUGCGCCUGCCAAGUACGGUCAAGGAACUCUUGCUCGACAUGCAGACGAAAGCUAAACAGCUUCAAUGGAGCAUCAUGGGUAGUCAGAAUGACGUGACCUUGACCUUGACUUGGCAAUGUAAACAAAAGAAACUUGGAAAGAGAGAAAAGAGGCCAAAGGCAAAGCAGAAGACACCAGACAAUUUAAGUUUAAGUGAUUGGGUCUCCGACACCGAAUCGACCCAAUAUCAACGAUUUUCCAAACAAUUAGAAAUAGUCCAGAUGAUAUCAAAACUAGCUUCCGCAAUGUCGAAGAAACCUAUUGCUGGGAACUUUCUCGGGGAUAUGUCAGAGAUGGUGCAUUCUGCUGUGAGUCCACAAGACACCGAUGACGGGUAUCUGACAGAGAAGGCCACACCGGAUGAGAUGCAUGUUUACCCCAAGGUGGUUGUUCGGCCACCGUUCUAUCUCCCAAGCACAGAAACACUAAUCAAUGGUGAUGAGAAUGACAAUGCCACAGACACCAAGUCAAAUCCGGUCCAGGUACCGGUACCGUUGCCACCUCCACCGGCCCCUCCGGUUCCUAACAAACCGCCAAAAUUCACAUUGUGCAAUACUAUCAAAUCAAAAUCACUAAAUCUUGACAAGGACGACACAUCAUAUAAAACAAACUCUGAAACCAAUCUUUCGGACGUUGAAACAUUUCAAAACUAUUUCGAACCAAGUUUUUCGGGAGAUGCAGCGUUACACGACAUCCUAGAAACCAAUACAGAGGAUGAAGAGUCACAAUUAGAGCGUCGGGAUGGACACACUUGGGAAAUGUCAAAAUCAAGUAUUGAUCCCAGUACGGAGGACGGGAAUACAUCUUGCGAUCGACUGCUGACCCCGGGGUCGGAUUAUACGGACAAUGAAAUAGGCAGUGCAAUCAGAUUUGGAAAAUAUGUGAAAUUUCAGGAUUCAGAUAGCGAGAUUUUUCACGGUUCCGGGAGAUUUUAUGAUUGGGAUCUAGGAGAGAGUGACCAUGUGGGGACUGAUUUGGAUGAAGUCAUACCCCUGCAGGACUUGGACAACUCUCCUAGACACAAGCUUUCGUACAUCGAACCUGACUCGGUCGAGAAUCUGAACAAAAAGAAGAAGGUGAAGCGGAGAAACAGCUUUCAAAAACUUUUCGCUCCCUUGCAGCGGAAACAAAAACAUGACAAGAAGAAACCACCCAAGUCGCCAAAACUUGGGCGGAAACUUAUUUCCCCCAAACCACUUUAUUUACGAAAGAAUUAUAUCAGUACUUCCAGUUCAGUUCCGGGCAGUGAGGACACUAGUUACAAUAAGGUUAUUGCAUAUCAGAGGAUUAAAACUGGUACAAAUAGACAGGGAGGGGAUGCACAUUCAGAGACGUGGGACUCCAGUUUAGACAGUCACCUACAGCUGUCUGUGGAUCAUUGCCUGCAAUCAUGUGAUAGUAUACUCUCCAGGCAAGCGCAUGCACCCUCUGAUCUCUAACAUAUACAGUAGAACCUCUCUAUUAAGGACACCCUCGGGACUGACAAGUGCUGUCCUCAAUAGAGAGGUGUCCUGAUUAGAGAGGUCAAAUUGAAUGACAACAACCAAUUUGGGACCAAACCUAGUGUCCUUAAUUGAGAGGUUGUCCUAAAUAGAGAGGUGUCUGCUAAGGGAGGUUCCACUGUACAUGUACUUGGGCUUUCGUCAUUCAUAAAUUUCAUGUUAAACUUUAAUUGAGUUUCUCCAAUCAUUUGUUGAAAAAUGAAGUAAGCAUUAAAACAAUGAAUACUUUACACAACCAUGGUGCGAACCAAAUUUAAUGAUCUCGGACUGUAAAUUCAUUUGUUUCCACAACAUUUUCAAGAAGGGUUACAAUCGUAUGGUCUUAUUCUCUUCUUGGUAUAUUGUUUAAUGUGCAUUUACACAUUUCCUGUCAUUUGUAAAUAGAGUGAACAGUCACUAGAAUCAAUCAAUAAAACAGAUAUGAAAAAAGAA